AUGGUAGAUAAUACGCAGCAAACAAUGUUUGAAUUAAAUAAUAUAUUGAGCAAGUAAAAGUAAAAGCGUAAUGAGAGGACACUAAACUCCUUGCUAACAUCAAAUAUCACCUAGCCUAAAACACUUUAAACCUCUCGAGGAAAGAACGAUAUAUAUCAAAAUGAAAUUGCAUAUUAACAGCCUACUCCGCCCAUCAAUAUAGCUCUUAAUCAACUAUUAAAGCAAGAAGCUUCGCUUGACUAAUACUCAAAAAAGUUAUUAAUAAACAACUAACAUAGGCAUAGAAGAUAACAGUCAUUGAUAUAGCAAAGCAAUAGUACACAUUUAUCAAGCAAAAGAUAAAUGUAACAAAAGACUCUUAAUAAUGUAAAUCAUUUCAUCUUACAUGAAGAAAAUAAACAUACUGAAAGUAAUGAGUUCAAAAAUGGAAUCAAAAAUGCAGUGACGACUGAUGAUGAAAAUCAGUAGGAUAUAUGCAAUUUUAAAACUACAGAUAACCAGGUAUUUAUUCCCAAUAUAAAAGCUAGCCAUUUCCUGGACUUUGAUAAAACUGAUAGGAAUCUAACUGAAAAAAGUACAACUACAGAUUAUACUUAAGUAAGGGUUGAUGCUUCGUACAAUAACUCUAUGUUAGCAUAUUUGUUAAAAAGAUAAAUUAGAGGAGAUGUAGGCAUUCAAUCGAGUGACUCAAGAAUUAAGAAUGAGUAAAACAAUUUCUAGCUAGAUUUAUCUCAGGAUUAACUGCAAAGCUUCAUCAACCAGAUAAAUGAGACAUCAAAGAUGAAUUCUACUAUUCAAAUAGGUCAAUUGAAGGAAUAUAAAAUUGGGAGUACUGCAAAUAAUUCAAAAACCAAUAUUGGCAAAUUUUAAAAGCUUAAUUCCGAUUUUUAAAAAUAUCAAUAACUAAUACUCAAUGGCUCGUAGUUCACUUUAAAAUAAGUAAACCCAUUAAAGUCAACCAGAGUUUCUGUUUAAAUAUCUCCAAAUGAAAUGUAAGUGGAAGAAUUGGGAUGCUCUUAAUAAAACUUGCUUGAUUUUAAUAAUGAAAGAAAUGAGCAUCGAUUUAACUAAACAGAUGGUUUAAUUCAUUAAAAUUCGUAAGCUCACCAAAAUAGAAAUAGAGCCUACAUUAAAUCAGAGCUGUAUUAGCAUAAGAACAAUUUUGAAAUGUUUUAGAAACAAAUGCUUACUAGGAGAGAACUUGAAAAGCUCAUUUUAUUGAAUAAGCUUAAAAGAGAUGGGAUUUAGAUGGGGCCAUUUGAAUGUAUUGAAAAAGAAUUGCUCUAAAUAAGUAACUCAAACUAGAAACUUGAAUAAUCUAAUUAAAAAAGUAAGCAGCAGAUAUCUCAGCAACAGCAGUAAAACAUUAUCACUCUGCAUAAUAUUUAGUAAUCAGUAAUAGAAUAAAGUUAAUAGUUGAAUGGGAACAAGGAAGGAAAAAGAUUAACAAGUAAGAAAUUUUAGUAAACUGGCGAGCAUGAUUCAUAGAUGAUAUUAAAGAAAAUGAUACAAGACUAGUUGCACAGGAAUAUCAAUCAUGCCUAUAAUAUGCAAAGCAAUUUCUAACUAUAAGGCAAAAGAGUGCAAAGUACUGAAGAUACAAGAAGAUAGGAAAAAUCAACAGGUAGAAACAUUAUCAACUCUAAUAUCAAGAAUAUGGCAAAUAGAGAAGGAGGAGAACCAUUACCCCAAAGAGCACAAACACUGAAAUAGAAAAAACAUAGUGAGUCAGAAAUAGAUAGUGGAUUACCUUAACCAGUAGAAGUAGUCAAAGUUAAAUCGAAGUAAUAUUAUGUAGAUCAUCCUCCUUAACAAUAACCCGAAAGAACAAGCUAAAUACUUCUCUAGAGUCAAAAAAGACAUAGUCAACCUAAAAACCUCAACUUUAGAAUUAAUUAGUAGCUAUUUAAGAACACUCUUCAAAAGAAACCCACUAAUAUAUCAUCAUCAAAGGAAGAAAGCAAGCGAGAAGAUCCUUCCAGUAGUCUCCUUGAUUAAGAGUAAAUAUCAACCUCCAGAACCUUAAAUCAAUAAAAGUUAGGUCAAAAUUUUAAUAACUGCAUCGAUAUUAUAAAUAUGUAUCUCAAACUAACGAUUAAGAAUAAAAAUAGUCUAACUUAAGUUGAUGCUAUUCGAUUUGUAAAACUAACUAAGAUCAUUAGAGUUCAUUUGAACUAAAUGCAAAAGUAAUCUUGCAAUGAACUGAAUCAGUUUAUAAAAUCUAGAGAAUUUAUAUCAUAAUCAAGACUGAGAAUACAUAGCUAUCUAAGCGAGACAAUAUUCAAAAGUUUUUCUGCUGAUGUCUAACUCAAUUUUUCCAAGAAAGAAUAUGUUAAAUUCUACGUUGAUUCAACUGGGAACAAUAACGUCCUUGUAAAAAAUAUCUUGAAAAGAAGAAAUUGGAUGCAAUUUCAGGACAGUAUUAAAUAGAAUUUUGAUUAGGCAAGUAUCAUAUGGACUCAGUGGAAGAAGUUGAAAAUUCUUGAUUAAUAAAAAGCUCAUUAAAUCUAUGCAAAAAUAGACGGCAAUCAUCACUUAACUAAUAAGUAUUUCUUACUAGCUACGAUGAAGUAAUUUUACAAGAGUCAGGACAGAGACUAUAGAAAAAUCAUGCCUUGGACUUUUAAGAUUGAACUAUAUGAGAAGAAUAUAUUACAAAAUAAGUAGUUUAUUAAGUUUAAGAAGUCAUUUCUUGACUAAGAAUCAUAAAAUCCCUAAAAUAAUCUAUGGAUUUUGAAGCCAGGUGAAAACUCUAAUAGAGGUAAAGGUAUAGUAAUAAUGAAGGAUCUCAAAGACAUAUUAACUUUUAUUGAAGAGUAAAGGGGGUAAAAGGUAGUUAUUUAGAAGUAUAUUUAGAAUCCCCUUCUUAUUAAUAAGAGAAAAUUUGAUAUCAGAGUCUUUGGAUUGGUAUAGUUGAUGAAUAAAACAGAGUAUAGAUGCUAUUUUUAUAAAGAGGGUUAUCUGAGAACAUCUUGCAGAGAGUUUACAACUGAUAAUCUAGAUAACAGAUUCGUACAUUUGACUAAUGAUGCUAUUUAAAAAAAGAGUUCUGACUAUGGCAAAUUCGAAAUGGGGAAUAAAAUAUCUUAUGAUGAUUUCAAUCAGAUUUUGCUAAAAGAAAAAGGAGUUGAUUUUUAUCAAGAAAUACUACCUAUGAUUAGAAAUGCUGUGAGGGAUACUUUAGAGGCUUUUGCUACUGUUCUAGAAGAUUAAAAUCUCCAGCCUUUUAAAAAUUUCAAUAAUUUUGAAGGUGAAGAAUAUGAUUAUUUGAAUAGCUAAGAGUAUUCAAUGAACGAAAUUAAAUAUGAGAUGAUAUUUUCAAAGACAAUAGAAUUUAGCAAAGAAGUAAAUUUAGUUGAGCCAUCUCAAUGA